AUGGCUUCCGUUCUAGCGAAAACCUGCUUUGCCACCUCAUCCCCAUAUGAAGAAAAAAUUGGUUACUACCGGGCCAUCCGCCAUGGAAAUCAGAUCUUCGUUUCCGGCACUACAGCGGUUGAUCCCUGUUCUCCCACCGACGCACCGCGAAUUCUUCACCCAGAAGAUGCCAAACAACAGACACUCGUUGCUCUAGAGGAGAGUAUUCGAGCUAUCCAAGGUAUUGGUGGUAGAGGCGCGGAGGAUAUAGUUCGCGUCAAGAUGUUUGUCAGUCGCCACGAGGACUGCGAGGCUGUGGGACUAGGAUUUAGUGAGAUACUGGGAAAGCAUCAUUGUGGUGGAGGUGGUAUAAUAGGAGCUGCUGCAACAAUGAUUGUGGUUAAUGGCGGUUUUAUAAAUAAGAGGAUGCUUGUCGAGAUUGAGGUAGAUGCUAUUGUGGAGCAGACUUAA